AUGAAUUGGUCGAGUUUGAUAAAGAAAGAAAGAUUGCAAAAAGGUGCUGUCGUCCAGCACACCGCCAAAGCCCAUAACCUGAAAGGUCAACUGCCUGAAGGGAGCAAGGAAUCUUUAGCAACAACCAUUCGUUUCGUCACGCUGAACUGCCGAACACUAUCGAGUGAACUCGAGCAAGCCGCUCUAUCCAGAAUUCUGCGAUAUCUCUGUGUGCCUCUUGCUGCACUGCAGGAAACACGCAUGAGAGAUCGGGCCGUCGUGAGCAUCGAAAAUUACACCAUAUACUGCCGCGAUGCUGAUGAGAACAAAGUAGGUGGCUGCGCGAUAGCUGUGAGGAACGAUUACUACAACCUGGUGAAUGAAUUUGGCUCAAUGUCGUCUAGAUGCGUCUUCGUACGACUGCGGAGUCGCAGAGGACGUGAACUCUGGAUCGUAAGUGCUCAAGCACCUACGGAAACCGCUGAGGACAACAGUAAGGAUGCCUUCUGUGAUGAACUCAAUGUGUUGAUGCCUAAAAUACUAAGCCAGAACAUUGUCGGAAUCGACGCAAAUACGAAGAUGGGACUCGAACAGCAAUCCGAUGUGCUAAGAAAAUGGUAUUAUCCAGCGGAGCGCACGUCGGACAAUGGUGACCGUCUGGACGACCUGUACGAAAAGACGGGCCUUAUCAUCGCUUCUACGUUUAAGAGGAAUCAUCGACGCCAUCAGCUCACGUGGCAGAGGUCAACCCUUUUAACGCCUGAAGAGCGGAAGAUGAAGACUCUUAAGCUUCAGCUCGACUACGUUCUGGCGAGGAACAUCCCUCAGUUAGAUAUCCGAAAAUCUAGAGCUGUAUGGGACGUCGCGUUCGACUCUGACCACCGUCCAGUUCUUCUCAGCUUCAAGAUACGGUUCCACAAGAGAAAUCGAGGAGUUCCUCUUCAACCGAAAAUCGACAUGGCAGGUCUGAAAGAUGAAGAAUGCAGAACGAAAUUCCGCCAAGCGAAGGAGUUUGAGAAGGCGUGGAAGGACAGGAACCCGCGGAAAGCCUAUGCUCUACUAAAACAGUAUAGCGGCAAAAUGAAAAGAUGUUCUCCUGUCCUCAACACUGCCAGUGAAGCUGUCGGUGAAGCAACCCUUCCAAUUUGGAGGGAACACUUCAAGACCUUGCUGAACCGGCUAGCACCGUCAGUUCCUGAACUCGAGCACGUUCAUACACCGACAUAUGCGGUUAACGAGGACCCACCGACAGAGUCGGAGGUCCUGGUCUGUAUUGAAAAAAAUGAAGAAUGA